AUGUGUGUGGACUACCGGGAUUUGAACAAAGCAUGUCCGAAGGACGAUUUCCCUCUGCCGCACAUCGACUUGUUAGUGGACCGAAUGGCUGGACAUGAAAUGGUCUCCUUGACUGAUCUCGCUGUCGGGGUUAUGCCUUUUGGGCUUCAAAAAUGCCGGGGAACCUUACCAAAGAAUGGCACCGACAAUCUUCCACGAAUGAUUCACAAAGAGGUAGACCAGCUGUCACAAGGGCUAGAAAUUGAUCCGUCGAAAGCCAAGGCCAUUUUAGGAAAUGCCAGCACCACGGACCGAGAAGGAAGUACGAGGUUUCUGGGUAGGCUACAAUACAUCAGUCGGUUCACAAAUCCAGAUUGGCUGAUACUUUGUGGUCCUAUUUUUCAAACUACUCCAGCGAAAGGAGUAGCGGUCAAUGUUAACGAGGAUUUGUCAGAAAGCUUUUGA